AUGGCCGGCCUGGACCUUCUGGCUCGCAAGAGUCUGGAACGGGGCAGCGAAGCCUCCAUACUCAUAUCCAAUUCUAUCCUGAGCAGUAGUUCCAUAGAUUCGCAGCCCCAAGACCACUGGUCAUGGAGGCAGCUGAGGGAACAAUUUUGCAUCAAGAAUGCGGAGUCAUUAUUUGAAAAAUACCAGUCACGAUUACAGCAUACCUUACUCAUCUUAGCACUCACCACCAAUAUCAUAUCUGGAACAGCAGCAAUACUUUUGCUGUAUUUUCUGUCAGAUAAAACAUCACAAUCCAUCAAAUUCCCCAUAGCUCUAAGAACAGCUGUUACAGCGUCUAGUCUUGUUUUGUACAUCAUCAGUUAUCAAGAGCGAUGGUUUUUCAACUCCAUUUCAAGACUGAUUUGUUCCAUAUUAGUAUUGACUAUAACUGUAACUUCAGAGAUGGCUACCAGUUUUCAUAACUUAGCUAUAGGAGUACCAGUCGGCCCACGCUUCAUGGCAUAUCCUCUACUUAGCACAACAGUUCUAUUGCCAUUUCCUAAAUGGUACCAAGUAUCCAUCGCCGCCAUUGCUGUUCUUGUGUUGGAAGUCAUCACUGUCGGUUUCAACUACGAAUUGCAAGAUGUUCUGUCAUGGAAACAGAUGUCUGCUGACGUUCUAUAUCAUGUGACCCUGGCACUUUUGGGACUGUAUAUCCGGUUCUUGAUGGAGUUCACCAACCGGAAGGCAUUUCUGGAUCGGCGGGAAUGUUUCGAGAGUAAAUUUCAUCUCCAGUACGAAAAAGACCAAGAGGAGCGUCUUCUCUUGAGUGUUCUGCCAAAGCAUAUUUCCGUUCAAGUUCGAGAAGGAAUUCGCGACGUAAUUCGAAGGAUUCAUCUGGACCCGAUGCCGCAAAGACCGUUUACGGAGCUUUUCGUUGAAAAACAUAAGGAUGUCAGCAUCUUGUACGCAGACAUCGUGAAUUCUGUCGCCCUGACCGCGUCGCUGCACGUGAGUGAGCUUGUAGAGACACUGAACGAACUGUUCGGAAGGUUCGACGACAGCGCAGAGAGGAAUUCCUGCCUUCGUAUAAAGCUUCUAGGGGAUUGCUAUUAUUGUGUAUCUGGCGUUCCGAACCGUGAUCCUCUCCAUGCUGAUCAUUGUGUCCAGAUGGCUCUGGACAUGAUCGAUAUCAUUAGAAAUUUCCGUGAAGAGACUCGAGUGAACGUGGACAUGCGAAUUGGAGUCCAUAGUGGCAAUGUACUCAGUGGGCUUUUAGGACUGCGAAAAUGGCAAUUCGACAUUUGGUCUAGAGACGUGACGAUUGCUUCCAGAAUGGAACAGUCUGGAAGACCAGGCUGUGUUCAUGUGAGCCGAGCCACGAAGGACUUGCUGAAAGGAUCGUACAACAUCGAACCAGGAAACGGAAACAUAAGGGAUGAAUACUUGAACAAGCUCAAUAUGGAGACCUUCUUCAUUACACCAUACAGAAAACACAACAUGAAAAGAGAUUCACUUUAUGUUCCUGUCCAUCCUGAUCGUAGUCCAAGCACUCGACGGUUAUCGUCUUUCAGUCAUUCGAAAGUUCAAAGGAAGCUGUCUUCAGCAACGGAAAUUUUAUCGUCUCGAAGAAGAACAGUUUUGGGGUUCAGCUUGCUGCAGUUUCGACAAAUGGUGAGUCAAGUGAACGAGUUUAUGGAGACAGCCAUCGACACCAUGGCUCUAAGUAAGAAAGACCAGUGGUUUAAACCAGAAGGUAUUCAUCCACUUCUGCUAACGUUUCAAGACAAGUCAGAAGAAAGGCCUUUUCUUCAACGCAAAGAUCCGCUUUUCAAAUAUUCAUUAUUGUCCAGUCUCUUAGUCUGUUUUGCGCUCACCGCCAUGGGCAUCCUGAUAAAACCCAUAUCGAAAUAUUUUUGGCUGGCAUAUGUAUCCACGUUCUUAUUCAUUAGUAUUUGUAUUGCAUGUUCGUGGAUUCCUGUAUUAUGGAUGAAAUUAAAGAAGUCUACGCGGAAGAACUUUGUUGGAACACUUAGACGAGUUUUUGGUAGCGUUAUUAUUCGAACUCUUAUUUUUACUUUGAUCUCAACGCUUUUAAUGUCCAUUGCAAUGGUUGGUCUUGACGAUUGCGAUGGAAGGCAGGGAAUCAUUGAAUAUUCAAACAAAACUUUUCAUCCACAAGAUGGCAUUGCUUGCAGACAACCAUGGUACUUCACCUGGUGUGCCAUCCUGUCCAUGGUUUCAGUGUCAGUUUUUCUGCGCAUCCAUUUCCUAAUGAAGCUCUUAAUUAAUGGCAGUCUUGUGACAGCUUUUUCCUGCAUCAUUCAUUCAAAAUCUGACCUGUAUCAAAAGUCUUAUCUCCAAGACUGGAAACAGAUGCCAGCUGGGAUAGAUCAAUAUUGGUGCUUACUGGUUACUUUAUUUACGCUGCACCUACUAGACAGGCAGGUUGAAUAUAUUGGCCGCCUGGAUUACCUGUGGAAGAAAAAGUUGAAAAAGGAACAAGAAGAAGCAUCAACGAUGGGACUGGUCAACAGGACACUGCUGCAAAAUAUUUUGCCUGUUCAUGUUGCGCAAUACUAUCUGACUAAGGAGUCGAUGCAUCUUGAUCUAGACUUGUAUCAUGAAGAGUAUAGUUCGGUAGCAGUGAUGUUUGCUUCUAUUCCUAACUAUAUGGAUUUCUACAGUGAAUCUUUGAUGAACGAUGAAGGCAGAAAGUGUUUACAAGUACUUCAUGAAAUAAUCUGUGAUUUUGACAAGCUUUUAUAUGAGCCACAGUUCUUGAAGUUAGAAAAGAUCAAGACCAUCGGAAGUACAUAUAUGGCUGCAGCUGGACUGCAACCAGGACGAAACUCCAGUCGUACUUCAUAUGAGAGUUUUGGACCAGAAGAAGAUGGUACCCAUAAUGUCCUAGUGAUGGCGAAGUUCGCAAUGACAAUUAUGGAAGCUUUACAAGAAAUCAACUGUCACACGUGGCAACAAUUUCACCUACGGAUCGGAAUUGCCAUGGGGCCGGUUCUUGCAGGAGUGGUUGGAGCCUCGAAACCUCAGUACGAUAUCUGGGGUGAUACGGUAAAUAUUGCCAGCAGGAUGGACAGUACAGGCGUCAUCGGUGCCAUCCAAGUAACCGAAAUGGUGGCUGCUAUUUUGAAGGAGAGUAGCAAAUAUGACGUACAGUGCAGAGGCCAAAUUUUCAUCAAGGGAAAAGGAUGGAUGACGACUUACCUUGUGUACCCUUCUGAAACUACGAAGUUGUAAUUUGCGAGUUCUAUUCCAACAAAGCGAUCUGAAGGAGUAGGAAACUAUGCCAAAGUUGUUUCCAAAAAAGUCUUGCUCUUCAGAAAACGUGAUGGAGUUCAAGAAACUUUUCUCACAAAAGAUACAUCAGUGACAAGCAUUCUUGUCACUGCUGUAAGGACAUUUCAUUUUUUCAAUAAGAGCUUUGUUCCUAGACGUAUCACGCAACUGCUUCAUCUUCAUGGAAUUUAUGAAAGAAAGACAGCUGUGCUGCUUCAGAAUUACCGAAACAUGUCCGGACAUUUUUUCUUCACGGUCGUGCAAAUAUUCCAGGGAUUUCUCAGAGGUAUGUUUGUUCCAAGUUGGCUGGAAAGCGUAGUGAGUUGGCGUUGGCUUCUUCCGCGUUUGGUCACUGUUUCAAACCCGUGACCGCCCAAAUGCUUGGUCGGUAGAUUCUCUGGAUGUAAAAAACCGUCAGCAUCCAUGUCACAUGAUUAUGUGGCAUAUUAAAUAUUCCUUGAGUGCCUGUUUGGUUCAGACACUCUUGGAUAAAUUAAAUUCCUAGUGCAAUUUCGCAUCUUGGAGAGUCCAGGUUCCUUUAUCGGGUGGGAAACUGGGCGUUACAAAUUAUCAAGCGCCAAAAUAGAUAUCCGCGUCUUUAUGGUGGCACGUGAAUAAUUGAAUGGCAACUCUGGGAAUUUCAUUAGGACUGCAAAUGACGAGGUGCCAUACGCAUCCCCAUUAGUACUUCAAAUAAACUAUUGGGGACGCUGCAGUCUCUGGAAAAUGGCUGCUGGAAGAGAUAAAAUAUGCUUCCUAGCAUACUACCCGUCUAAUGAGACAUCUGAUUAGCCCGCUUCAAAUUGAAAUGUUUUACCUCUUAGGCUAAUUUCUGAUAUCACCGCAACGUGUCGUGUUCAAGUUCCAGAACUGCGAUUGGAAGAGAGGGGAAAAAAUAUUUGUUCUAAAAAGGCAUCGAGCACGAGACGAGAGGGGUUGAAAAUACAAAUGAAAGAACUAUUAAAAAUUGCAGAUUUAAGAGAAAGAUUGAAUCUGUGAGAUAGAAACUCAAAGUAGAGAGUUGAUGAGGUUUUUAUCAAAUGGAUUUUUGCAUUCUCAUCAAAAAUCGGAUUCCUUACGUAUUUUUAACUCUUUAUCUAUUGUAAAGAACAUUUGAAAGAAGGUUUUAAAGGUUGAGUGGAUCUGGCAGGAAUUAUAAUUUCUCUGAAAGAGCAAUUCCAAUGCUCGCAUAAGUGGCUUUUGCGAGUGAUAAAAAUGGAAAUUUUUUAUACUUUUGCAAAGCUUUGAAAUGAUAGGCCGGAUAACUAGAUGUCGAAACUCUAGUCUUACUUUAGAAGAUUGUUUAAUUGUGUAGAAAAAUGUUUUGAACUGAUGACAUGUGAUGUUUUUCAGUUGUUGUUACAUAAUUGUAUUUGAAACAGAAAAAAAUUAAUACUACUUAUGAAAGAAAAUCAUAGCAUUUAGAAUAGUAUCGUAGCGUUUUAGACCGUUGUUGUAAUAUUGAUGUCAUUUGAUUGUGCGUUCAUCAUUUAAAUCAUCAAAUUGCAAGAAAGGAAAGCAAGACUUUCCCACAUUUAUUGUAAGCUUUUCCUAAAACAUUUCAGUCCGAUUCUAUACGCCUCAGAUUAAUUUUCAUACCGUUUUCGACUCGAUCACGUGACGAGUUCGAUGGUAAGUUGGUAAAUCGAAUUCGAUUUUGCCCUCAUGACCAUUGAGAAGAGGUAAAAUGGAGGGAGUGAAGACUAAUUCGUGAAGCCAAGACUCCAAGUCACGUGAUCGUUUUUAAAGCAAAGCAUUGGAAGAAAUCGGGUUUCUUUCGCUUGUUUCACGCGAAACGUGCCAACCAUUCGUCGUUGUUGAGUCACGUGACUUGGGAUCUUUGGGUCAGCUUUUGCUAAGCCAAUGAUUGGACUUGUUCCCUCUAUUUACUAAUUCCUGCUCUAAGCUCAUGAUUGGUCGAAAAAAACAAGAGAAGAAAUUCGGCUGGUCUGAGAAUCUCUCUGAAUGUUCCAAUCCUCGUUCCCAGCCGCUGCGAACAAAGCUUGAUAAAGUAUUUGCUUUUCCGUGAGCUGCGAGUUAAUAUUUAUCUUUGUUCAUUAUGUGUGAUUGAAAGUGUUGGAACUUCUGUUACAUUUGAAGACAUUUUCGAAAGCAUGAAGGCUAAGGAAAAAAAAGUGUUUUAGUCAUAUUUCCUGUUUUAUGUAUUGUAUUUUACUGUUAAACUGUAAAUAAAAUGUUUUGUUC